AUGAGUUCCCUCUCAGAAGCCCAUAGAGCAACAGGUCCACACUCCGGCAACUUCACUCCCCCAGACUUCCGAUCACUGCAAGAGCUCCCUGACUCUUACUCAUGGCCUCAGCUUGAUGACAACUCCUCUGUGGACGUGAUUGAUCCACAAGCAGCGUUUGUGCCUGUUGUGGACCUUGCGGACCCUAAUAUUGUUGAUCUAGUGGGCCGAGCAUGCCAGGGAUAUGGUGUCUUCCAAGUCACCAACCAUGGCAUUCAGAUGGGCCUCAUAAAGGAUACUGAGAUCGAGGCCCGACGUCUCUUCUCCCUACCUGCCGAUCAGAAGCUCAAGGCCCUCCGCCCGCCUGAUGGGCCUACAGGCUAUGGUCUUGCUCGUAUUGCACCCUUCUUCGACAAGUUGAUGUGGCAUGAGGGCUUUACCAUCAAGGGGUCCCCCAUCGAAGACGCCCGCAAGCUUUGGCCGGACAACUACACAAGCUUCUGUGAUGUAAUGGAAGAGUAUCAGAAGGGGAUGAAGGAGCUGUGCAUGAGGUUAAAGAGGGUGAUCCUUGCCUCAUUGGGCUUGACUACAGAAGAAGAUCUAAAAUUGGGUGGGCUUGGCCCAUCUGGGGAAUUCACUGAAGGCUGCAUCACUGCUCUCCAGUUGAAUAACUACCCAUCCUGCCCCAGCCCAAAACAGGCCAUGGGUCUAGCUGCACACACAGAUACAUCCAUGUUCACCAUCCUCUACCAAGGUGACAUAAGUGGUCUCCAGAUCUUCAAGGAUGGAGUUGGAUGGGCCACAGUGCCACCGGUGCCUGGUGCAUUCGUCGUCAAUGUUGGUGACCUCCUCCAUAUCUUAUCCAAUGGCAGGUUCCCGACUCUUGUCCACCGUGUCUUUGUGAACCAGGCCCACAGCCGCAUCUCCAUAGCCUACUUCUAUGGUCCAACACCUAACACUCAGAUCAAGCCCUUCCCCAAUCUGGUCGAACCAGGCGCUGUCCCUCGCUAUCGUUCUAUGCCGUGGGGAGAGUACAUCAACAUCAAAGCCAAGCAUCUUGACAAGGCACUCUCUCUAGCUAGCAAUAUAGAUCAAAAACAGACUCAAGAAGGGGAUUGUGUCAAUGAAGAGAUUGCUUAAUGGGUAUUAUAAACUAUAGGGAAUCACUCUUA